UUGUCACUUUCCGUCUUCUUCCGGAGCGGCGUUGCUCGACCCUGCACUGAACGCUGAUAUUUCGCCACCUUUGGCAAGCUAAUCGUCCAUUUCAGUCUUAUACAACACGUGUGAGUUGCGUGUCUUUGGCCACUCUGAGCUCUCCCUGAUGGGCGGCUGGUCCCGCAGUGCUGUGCUGCAGCUGUACCGAGCUCUGCUCCGUGCAGGCCAACAUCUACAGUACACUGACCGAGACUACUACCGGCGUGUAGUGACCCGAGAGUUCAGGCGCUGUCAGACCCUCAGCGCCCCGGCAGAGAGGGAGGACGCGCUCAAGAGAGGCCAGUUCUUCCUCAACAGCGGCCUGGGAGAUUUGGUGUAGAACAACUGGGCCAUCUGCAUCAAGACACUGGAGGGUAAAGAUCGAUGGCAGGAGUGAACGGGGAUCGCAAGGGGAAGAAAGAUGACAAUGGGCUGGGCACAGCGAUCGACUUUGUGCUCUCUAAUGCAAAGCUGGUGCUGGGAGUGGGGGGAGCUGCCAUGCUGGGCAUCGCCACACUCGCCGUUAAAAGAAUGUACGAUCGAGCUCUCAGUGCCCCAUCCAGUCCCACAAAAGCAGACCCAUCAGGACGGAGAAGCUGGGAGGAGCCGAGCUGGUUGGGGUCAUCUCCACGCACACUGAACCAUGACAUGAAACAAAAUGUCAGUCGCUCAUUGCAGACACUGCCCACCUCCUCCAGCUCUUUCAAGCCAGAUUCUUUGCAUCGUGGUUUGGCUCGUGGUGGUCGUCCUGCUAAGGCUGAGCUCCAGAGGGCACGGCUGCGUCUCUCUCUGCAGGAACACCUCUGGGCCUUCUUUCAUGAGCGAGUGACGAUCCCCUCAGAAGAGCAGUCAGUCGCCCGUCGUGCUGCGUUGGACAUCUGUGCAGAGCUCAGAGUCUUUCUCCAUGCCAAAUUACCUGAUAUGCCCCUACGAGAAAUGUACCUGAGUGGCAGUCUGUACGAUGACCUCCAGGUAGUGACUGCUGAUCAUGCCCAGCUCAUGGUUCCCCUGAUCCUGGAGAAGAAUCUCUGGUCGUCGAUUCCUGGCGAGGACACCAUCAUGAAUAUUCCUGGCUUCUCGUUGGUUCGGCGUGAAAACCUGGAGUACUUUCCCCGAGGUAGCAGCUACUGGGACCGUUGCAUGGUGGGUGGCUACCUUUCCCCAAAGAGCGUUCUAGAAGUCUUCGAGAAGCUCGUCGCGGGUUCCAUCAAUUGGCCCGCCAUCGGUAGUGUUUUAGAUUACGUCAUUCGUCCUGUGGUUCCAUCGGAAACGCUCACUCUAGAAGUGCAGUACGAAACGGACCGCCGGCUGUAUGUGGACUUCCUCCCAUUGCUUGUCAUGGAGGAUGGCGUAUCGUUGAUCGCCAAACCGCAUCGAUUGGCUGCAGAAAGACACGAAAACCUGUGGCGGCAGAGCUUUCGCGUGGCAGAAACGGCAAAGUUGCGCGCACUUGAUCAGGAAGACGCCGGGUGCCGUUCGGUGUGUCUUAAAAUCCUUAAAGCCGUGUGUAAACUGAAUCCAGCGCUGGCCAGGUUGAACGCAAGCCAGCUCACGAAUGCAAUCCUUCUCCUGAGUGACCAGGAGGGCGAUUGGACUCAAGAGGCGCUCGCCGACCGUUUCAUGCAGCUUCUUCGUGCGCUAGUGGGACAUUUAGAGGCUGGGAGGAUGCCUUGCACCUUAAAUCUAAAAGUCAAUCUGUUGUGCGAGUUAACACCGCAGGAAAUAGAUGAACUGGGAUACACACUCUACUGCGCGCUGUCUGAUCCUGAGAGCCUUUUGAGAACUGUUUAAUCAAUGCAUGCACACACACACACACUACCACUGUUUCCACGCAAGCUGAUACACAAUCCAAAAUAAUUCUUAUGUCACGUCAUUUUCACACUUUUAUAUUUUUCAAUUAUACCAUGGUUAAUUGUCUUCAGGUAAAUCUGUCUAUUUUUUACAGCAUGGCAAAUCUCAUUUAGGAGUUUUAGGCUUUGCUGAUUCACACUUCAGUGUCAUGAAGAUUAUAUAUUUAUCUAGUGGAGGAUCAGAUUAUCAUUUUAGUGAUCCCUAUGUGAUAUUUUUUUAUAAAUUCAUGCAUCGUCUUCUCUUGUUUCAAUUUUUACCAAAAAUGCAAAGGGUUUCAGUGGAGGUCAUUUCACUUAUGUCUGAUUUAUAAAAUGUUGAUUUGAGGUAUUAUGGUUUGGUGUUUUGUCAGAUUUAGUUCCUGUUUUCAUUAAAAUGCUUUCAUAUUGAGUGAUUUCAGAGUAAUAUAUACAUGUUUAACACAGGAAGCAGGUCUAGGUUAUUCAGAUAGUAGGUUUCUUUGUUUUUUUUUAUGACUUUCCAGUCACUUUUCAUGAACAGAAAUGACAAUGUUGCAUAAUAGAUUAUUAUUUUUAAUAACAUUUUUGAAGUAUGAAGUUAAGGAACACUAUUUAAAAUGAGUACAAUUGUCCAAAUAUUUUCCACUUAGUUUCUGUUCACUAUUUAAAAUGAACUACAAAUUACUGUAUAAUUUAAUUUAAAACAAUGUUCAUUUGCUCCUGUGCUCUUCUCACCCCAUUUUGUGCCAUUUAAAACAUGUUCAUUACCUGUAAGCAGCUGUGUUAUGUCAGAGUGAUAUGUAAAGAUUAUUUGUCAGUAAUGUAGCAUACAUUGAUUAUAUUUAGCUACGUUCUAUGAAUUAUCUUUCAAAUCUGCUAAAAAAUGUUCCGUGGGAUGUGUGAUGUUAUUAAAAUGAUUAAAACAGGCGAUUAAAUACUGCUGAAAUCAGGUGUCCCUUAUCAAAGAGCUGAUUUGUUGUAUUAAAGCUGUCUAAUGAACCAAGACAAACCUGCAGACGUUUUUUAAAAGGAUAUUUCACCCAAAAAUUAAAACUGAUACUUUUGCUCAAACUCAAAAUAUUCUAAACCUUAUAGCUGCUGUGUAAAACAAAAGAUAUUUUGGAGAAUGUUCGUGAACUAAACAAUUGAUAAUAACCGGUGGUCUUAAGUCAGUGGCUCCCAUCAACCACUUGGUUACCAGCAUUGUUCGAAAUAUCUUUGAAAGAAGCUCAUACAUGUUUGUAUGGGACAAAAGCAGUGUAAAAUGAUAUCUGAGUUAACUGUUUUUGAACAAACGGUCCUUUUAAAUCUAGAAUUUAAAUAUUUUGGGAAAAAUCUUGGUUUUCUGAAGCCGUGUGGAUUAUAAGGAAUGUUUGGAAGAACAGAAAGGUAUUGUGUGCAAAAAUUCAUAGAGAUCUUUUAGUAUUUUUGUACCGAUUGUACAGAUAUAACCAAAAACAGGCGUGAAACUAUUUAUGUAUAUCUUCUGAUCGUACCUUUAUGUGCUUGUAGAGUCAUUUGAUUGAACAAAAAUAUAAAACAGGCAACGUCCGCGUUAGGAAAUGCCAAAACUCGCAGGAGAUCAUGUGUUCAUGUACCGAAGCGUUUCAUUUGCUUGCGUAACACUUGUGUGAUGUAGCAGAUGCACAUUUACCUAGCGAAUGAUGCGAGCGAGCAGCACCGGAUCCAAAGUAGAUCUGCAGUUCAGCUUGGCCUAGUGCUGUGUGCAUGUGACGCUUGUGUUACUUGUUUCAUCAUUUCCUGUCUGGUGGAUUUUAUUUUUAUUAAACAGCACUUUGUAUUGGUUGUCAUGUAAGAGUGUUUUGUGCCUCUGGUCUCUGUAAUACAGAGCAAAGGAUGAAAAUAAAAUAGAAUGGUGUGAA